CCUCAGCUAGCUUUUAUUCAAACACCACUAGAUAUGCCAUAACAGCUGCUUUUAACCUGCUCACAGUGUAAAUAGCAUAUUAUCUCGAGGUUUAUGUAGGCUUGUGGAUUCUAUUCAUCCUUCAGCAUCUUUAAACGGAGGGGUAAUGAUGAAUGUGAACGAUAGUUAGCUUCGUAGCUAAUAGCCGAUUAACAACAAACUGACAGUAUUAUGCUUGACGUGGGAAAGUGGCCGGUGUUCGCCCUCCUGCCCCCUGAGGAACUGCGGCUCGUCCGUCAAGCCUGUGUGUUCGGCAGUGCUGGCAAUGAGGCCAUCUACGUUACCGUUAAUGAUGAGAUGUUUGCACUGGGAACAAACAGCAGUGGCUGCUUGGGACUCGGGGACACACAGAGCACCAUAGAGCCCAGGCGGAUCGACAUCUUGUGUGGCAAGAAAAUAAUCUCUUUGAGCUAUGGCACGGGACCACAUGUGGUCAUCGCCACUGCAGAUGGGGAAGUUUAUGCCUGGGGUCACAAUGGCUACAGUCAGCUGGGAAACGGCACCACCAACCAUGGCCUGACUCCUGCCCUGGUCUCCACUAACCUUAUCAACAAGAGAGUGACAGAGGUGGCCUGUGGCUCUCACCACACCAUAGCCCUCACCACAGAUGGAGAGGUGUAUGCCUGGGGCUACAACAACUCUGGACAGGUGGGCUCAGGCUCCACAGCCAACCAGCCCACCCCGCGCAGGGUCAGCAGCUGCCUCCAGAACAAGGUUGUAGUGAACAUCGCCUGUGGACAGCUCUGCUCCAUGGCCGUCUUGGACAACGGAGAGACCUAUGGCUGGGGUUAUAAUUGCAAUGGACAGCUCGGUUUGGGCAACAAUGGCAACCAGCAAACCCCCUGCCGUAUUGCCGCAUUACAGGGAAUCAACAUCAUACAGGUGGCAUGUGGCUAUGCACACACACUGGCACUUACAGACGAGGGCUUUGUUUACUCUUGGGGUGCGAACUCCUACGGGCAGCUGGGCACAGGCAACAAGAGCAACCAGGCUGUGCCAACCCUCAUCAACAUGGACAAAGAGAGAAUGGUUGAGGUCGGCGCAUGUCACACAAGCCACACAUCAGCAGCAAAAACGCAGAGUGGCCAGGUGCUGAUGUGGGGUCAGUGUCGGGGUCAGGCUGUGGCGUACCCUCACCUCACACACUUCACAAGCACCGAUGAUGUCUUCGCCUGUUUCGCCACACCUGCGGUCACCUGGCAUCUGCUGUCUGUGGAUGGAGAUGACUAUCUGACUGUUGCCCAGUCACUAAAACGAGAGUUCGACAGCCCAGAAAUCUCUGACCUCAAGUUCCUGGUUGAUGGGAAGUGUAUCCAUGUACAUAAAGCACUUCUUAAAAUCAGGUGCGAGCAUUUCCGAGCAUUGCUGAAUGAGACUGAUGAAGAGACCAUUGAGAUUCAUCAGUUCUCUUAUCUGGUGUAUCGUGCUUUUCUGGAGUACCUGUAUACAGAUACCAUCAACCUCCCACCUGAGGAUGCUAUUGGUCUGCUGGAUUUGGCCACAUACUACCGUGAGAGCCGUCUGAAAAGACUGUGUCAAGAGACCAUUAAAAGAGGCAUCACAGAGGAGAACGCUAUAACACUGCUCUCAGCUGCUGUGAAGUAUGAAGCACGGUCCACCCACUCUUCAUGUGCAGGAUCUGGAAGAGUUCUGUUUCAAGUUUUGCGUUAACCACCUGACGGCCGUCACACAGACGCAGGCCUUCGCCGACAUGGACCAUGACCUGCUGAAGAACUUCAUCAGUAAAGCCAGCCUUUAUGGGGCCUUCAAAAACUAACAGAGAGAGAGAGAGAGAGAGAGAGAGAGAGAGAGAGAGAGAGAGAGAGACAGCACUGAGGUCCAGGCUUGAGAGUUUUUCUAUACUGGCUCUGCUAUAUCCAGGCAUGUUACCUCAGAUACCUCGGUUUUGGAGAGAGAUAAGACAAAUUCCUGUGGUUCAAGUGUGAAGAUUAUGGGAAGCCACUGGUUGUCCUGGGUCCCGGUGCCUUUAAAUGACAUGCCCCCAUGUGAAGCCCUCUUUAAAUGGAAGAAUUCAAGAUGAGUGCAGGAAAUCACUCCAGAUACAAAGGGACCUGAAAAUUUUUAUGAAAGAGCUAAAGAUAAAUAUUAAACUUCACCGCAGAGGUGCUGUAUGUUCAAGAGAUUCAUCUCUGCUUAAGCAAAAGGGAAGAACCAUCUUAUGUAGGAGAUAGCCGAUGGAGAAAGAGUCAUGUUAAAGUACAGAAUUAUUAAUUUUUUGGGGGGUUUAGUUGACAUUCAUACACUUUAUAUUUCUUGUCUUUUGAGUAUGAUGGAUUGGAAAGUUACAUUCAGCCAGACAAACAGGUUGUCCAUUCAUCCUCAUUUGUGAAGCUUGUAGUCUUCUGAGGUUUCAUAGGAUGUUUUAGGAUAUCAUUUAUUAAUUUCUAUUUUUUUCUGGCAUUAGAAGAACAUUUGAGCAGUAAUACAACAUAUUAGAGCAGUAUAGCAUGAUUUUUAACUGUACAUAAUGGCGCCAAUUUAAUUUAAUUUACAAAUCCAUGUUAUUUACUUUUUUACUGACGAUAAUAUUACAUUUGACAUUAUCAUACUCUUUUGUGUAACAGUAUUAUUUUGAAUGUCAGAAAGGUCAAUAUAAGUGCUUCUGUCUGUAAUAUUUGAACAAGAACUAACAUGAGUGUCUGCAGUGCCAUUGAAGUUGGGAAAUGGUGCGGUCUGGUGGUGACAUUCAUGUGCCCAUAUUCUCUUAUUCGUUUUCUAUACGUUGACAGAGAAGGGGUGAAUUUUUACAAAGCCUAUCAAAAAUAUGUCCAGGAAGAUAUAUUUUAGCCCAAAAUCAAGAUAAAACAUAAUUACAUUUUGCAUAAAGAAAAUUAAGCUUAAUUUUUGAACACUUUUUUUUUUUUUUUGCAUUGUGACAUUAUUCUCAUGUCAAUUAAGCAUACACCACCACAAUUCCCAUUACCAUAUUGCCAAAAAAAAAAAAAAAAAAAAUUCUCAUUGCCGUAAUAUGAGAAAACAUUCUCGUUAUCAUACUGCAAGUAAUCAUUCUCAUUUUCAUAAUUAAAAAAAGAAAUUAUCUUAACUACGGUGCAAAAAACCAUAGUCCUUACCGUAUUGCAAAAAAAAAUAUUUUUAUUAAUGUAAUGUGAAAAAAGUGUAAUUCUCUUCACCGUGAUGUAAAACAAAAUCUCAUUCUUAUUACCAUAUGAAAAAAAAAUUAUCAUUACUGUAUUGCAGAAAAUCUCAUUCUGAUAAAAAUCUCACUCAUUACCGUAAUGUAAAAAUACAAUAACAUUUUCAUUACUGUAAUGGAAAACAAACACAUUCUCUCCUCACCAUGAUUUGUAAAAAUUGCCUUCAUUACCAUAAUGCAGGAAAACUCAUUCUCAAUAGCAUAUUGAAAAAAAUCUCACUCAUUACCGUAAUGUGAAUAAAAUGAAAUUUGCAUUACUGUAAUGAGAAAAAAAGCCAUAUUAAAUUGUAAAAUAUUAAUGCUGCCCUGCAAAGGCAAAACACAGUAACUAUACAUCACACACACACACACACACACACACACAUAUAUAUAUGCUGUAUAUAUGUACAUAUAUUAUAACUACACCCUUUAUAAUCCACAUUAGGCAGCACAGUCAAAAAACUUUGAAGCUACUUUGCUUAAUUGUCAUGAAAAUGUCAUAAUUCAAAAACAUCUUUUUGGUCACAAAAACAGACUUAAUUUUGAUGCAAAAUAUGUCUUAAUUUUUUCAGUUUGAAUUUGGGUUGAAAUAUGACAUAUUUGCAUGAGAUUUACCCUAAAAGGUUUAUUUUACCUACAGGAAUCAUUUUUGAUUUUUUUCUUAUUCAUGACUGCAUCAGCCAACCAACCUAACCUUGAAAUGGCGCACAAAGCAAAAAAAAAUUAAUUUAAUGUUUUCACUAAGUUUAACAAGCACAACAUGUAUUGAGAGAGAUGAUUUACUUGAAUGAAUGCAUGAAAGUCUUUGUGGUUUUGAUGAUCAUUUAUAAAGUCUGUUCUCAUUCGUUUACACACAGUUAAGGGGUCUCUGUUCUGUUACAGAUAUUUCUACAUGAUUCCCUUCAUUUUUAUCCCCAUAAAUUAGGCCAGGACUGCUAACCCUGCCCGAUAUGGCAUUGGGAAUAGUUAUAUAAAACUUAGAAGUCUCAGUUCUAAGAUAGCCUAGUUUUUCCUUAUAAACAAAAUGUCAUAAAGCACUUUGAAAAUGAAAUGUCCUAGUUGUAUUACAUGACUGUCCUCUAAAAUGUUAAACUUUAUAAUACAUUUAUACGCAUAUUGCCCUUGUUCUGUGUGUGUCUCUGGUGUAAAUUUUAUCUUGAGCGAUUACUUUGGGACUAACAAAUUUGGGAUGCAAAAUCUUGUCUUCACAGAGAAAUUUGUUUUGGACAACAGGGUUGCUGUUGCAUACACAUGACCCACACACUACAUCACAUACAUAACUUUUUUUCCUUCUUUGUAUUUAUGUGGGUCUAUUUUAAGCUGUUUAAGAGGAAGUCACUACUAUCUCUGCACAAUCUCUGAUGAGUAUUGUAACGCACAUUUCUGAAGACCAACAUUACAUAAAUACCCUUAGCCCUGUGCUCAUACCUCAGCCCCCUGCAUACUUUCAAUGAAAGUGAUUGUAAACAGGUUUAAAUUUGAAAUUGACUUGUAAUAAGGAUAUGUCUACAAUUGUGGUGGGUUUUGCAACUAGACAUUUUCUCUCAAAUACCUCCUCAAUUAUAUAUUUCCAUUAUU